CGGGUGAUCGGUUGGGCUGCGAGGAGGAGGAAUGGGCCGAGGAGGAGGAGGAGGAAGAGGAGGUGAGGAGGAAGAGGAGGUGAGGAGGAAGAGGAGGAGGAGGAAGAGGAGAAAGAAGGAAGAAGGAGGAGGAAGGAGGAGGAGAAGGAGGAGGAAGGAGGAGGAGGUGGUGGCGGAGGAGGAGGCGGAGGAAGAGGAAGAGGAGGAGGAGAAAAAGCAAGGGAGGGGCAGCAACGAGUCGGGGGAGUGGAAGGCCGACUAUGAAUGGGCCAACGAGGAGGGGGAGGAGGAGGAGGAGGAGGAGGAGGCGACGAGGAGGAAGAGGAGUAGGAGGAAGGAGGAUCGUCGAGGAGGAGGAGGAGAAGGAAGGAGGAGGAUCGCCGAGAAGGAGGUGGAAGGAGGAGGCGGAGGAGGAGGAGGAGGAGGAGGAGGCGAAAGAGGAAGAGGAGGAGGAGGAAAAGGGGUGGAGGGACGGUGGCGAGUCGGGGGAGUGGAAGACCGACUAUGAAAGGGUCAUCGAGGAGGGGGAGGAGGAGAAGGAGGAGGCGAGGAGGAAGAGGAGGAGAAGAAAGAGGAGACGAGAGGAGACGAGGAGGAAGAGCAGGAGAAGGAAGGAGGAUCGUCGAGGAGGAGGAGGAGGAGGAGAAAGGAGCAAGAUCGCAGAGAAGGAAGGAGGAUCGCCGAGGAGGAAGAAGAGGAAGGAGGAGACGGCAGAGGAGGCGGAGGAGGCGAAGGAGGCGGAGGAAGACGAAGAGGAGGAGGAGGAAAAAGGGGGGAGGGACGGCGGCGAGUCAGGGGAGUGGAAGGCCGACUAGGUCGCGCGGUAUGGGGUCGAACAUGUGAUUGGUUGGACUGCAAGGAGCAGGAAAGGGCCAACGAGGAGGGGGAGGAGGACAAGGAUGAGGACGAGGAGGUGAAGAUGAAGAGGAGGAGGAGGAGGAGGAGGAGGCGAGGAGGAAGAGGAGGACGAGGAAGGAGGAUCGUCGAGGAGGACGAGGAGGAGAAAGAAGGACGAAGGAGGAUCGCCGACGAGGAGGAAGGAGAAUCGUUGAGGAGGAGGAAGGAGGACGAGGUGGAAGAGGAGGAGGCAGAGAAAGAGGAAGAGUAGGAGGAGGAAAAAAGGAGGAGGGGCGGCGAUGAGUCGGGGGAGUAACUAUGUCGCGUCGACCCCCUUACCCCGCUGCCAGCUCCAUCGCAUCAGCCCCCCCCCCCCUUCCCYAACAGAGAGGAGCAACUUUGGAUACUGUGUUGGUGUGGCUUGAAGGUUGAACAUUGGUUCAUUACUUCAUUGUAUUGCUUUAGUUCGAUGGAUUCUCGAUGCAAUUAUGCUCUUUCCUUGUACACGACUACUAAGACAUCUGUGUCAUUUCGCAACUAGGCUUUCUGUGUAUCUUUCACACUCAUAUUCUUUGCAUAUCAGUCAAUCAAUCAAUCAAUCAAUCAAUCAACCAAUU